AUGCGUUACUCUAUCUUGCUGGUUGCUUUCGGCGCUCUCGCCGCUGCUCAGUCCUCUGCUGUCGUGGCUCCCUCUCAGCCCGCUGCUGUGACCUCCCAGCCUGUCAUCCCCACCCAAGGCUCUCUCCCCGCCAGUGCUUCUAGCGCUGUCAUCGGCUCCAGCGCUCCAGCUUCGUCUUUCUCGACUGUGAAGACCAAGACCACCACCGCUAAGACCGAGUCUUCCACCUCUACCAAGACCUCCUCUUCCUCCGAGACUAGUGGCUCCAGCAGCACCAGCACCUCUGAGGGUGCCGGUGUGCCUCUCGCCACCAUGGCUCCUAUGGGCCUGUCCAUGGUGGCCGGUGCUGCCAUUGCUGCCCUCUUGUAA